AUGACUUCAAUCCGCCUGCGAGGAGGGAGCCAGCCCGCACAGGCGCAUGCACUUUGGGUUUCCUGUCAGGAUCCUUCAAGCGGAAGAACGUACUUCUAUGAGAUGAACAGCCGGCUGACCAGCUGGGUGCUGCCUCCAGGAGCAGUGCUGUACGGAAAGCUGGGCAGCAACGGUCAGCUAGAAAUUGCGCAGCAUUCCUCCAGCGAAACUCCCGUACAGACAGCCGCAUCCAGGGAGGAGACUGCUGUACCUGUGAAGGCUCAGGACGCAACGAUGAAUACACAGAGUGGGCCAUCUGAGCAAGCAAAGGCCCCAAGUGCACCCAUCCCCGGGAAUCAACCGGUGCCAUCACAAGAGGCAACUGCUAUCAGUACAGCGGAAUCGAAGAAUGAUCCCGGAGCUUCCCAGGAAGGGCUGCAGAGGGAUGGUUUGCUGCACUCCACCAAUCAGCCAGCGCCAACGCAAGCACCCCAGCACAUCGCAUCGCAGCAUGAAGUUUCAAUCGUGACACCCACCGCUCAACCCGUCGCUCAGCCCUCUCUUGUACAAACCCCGGUGCAGCAGCGAGAGGAACAGAAGCAUGCUGCAUUUACCUCCCAGCAGCCGGCGGCAGCCCAGCAGGUGCCGCAGGGAGCCACACAAGGAGCGCAUUACGCUCAAGGUGCCAACAGCGGCACGUGGAAGGAGACGAUCGAUCCUGUGAGUGGUCGCAAGUACUACUACAAUACGAUCACUCGAGCUACCUCGUGGCAUCUUCCGGUGGACAACCAGCUUGCACUGAACAGCGCAGGAGCGACUCGAAAUUCAACAUUCAACCUGUCGAAUCUUGCCAGGAGGUUCGAGGACAAUCUCGUUAAUGCCACACGAAGCGUAGAAGGACUGUGGUCCAGAAUCGGGGGCCUCACCAAAGUCUUUGCUUCCUCGAAGAAGCCUGCGGACAAGCCGACCGAUUGGUACUUCGAUGAGGAAAAGCAGACCUGGCUCAAGAAGAAUGGCACUACAUCCGUCAACUCCGAGGCAUCCGAGCCGAACAGACAGGUCCGACCCUUGCGACUUCUGCUCUUGCCGCUCUUGCUCUUUACUGAUGUGACUUCAUCUGGGGGAUCAGGCUGCAGCGCAGCAAGGGACAAUGCAGGCACCCUCGUCACAAGCUGCAUCCCCACAUGCUCCUACUGA